UGCCCAUCAGUGCCAGCUGUCAAUGCUCAUCCAUGCCACCUGCCAGUGCCCAUCAGUGCCACACAUCAGUGCCAGUCAGUGCCACCCAUCUGUGACAGUCAGUGCCAUCUAUCAAUGCCAGUCAGUGCCACCUAUCAGUUCUGCCAAUCAGUGCCAGUCAGUGCCGCCUAUCAGUGUGCAUCAGUGCCGCCUAUCAGUGCCUGUCAGUGCUGCCUAUCAGUGCUGCCUGUCAGUGCCAGUCAGUGCCAUAUAUGAG